UAUUACAAAAUGAAUUUUAAUACAGAGUGUAUAUACAGAGAGAUAUAUAGAAGUUCUUUUUAAAACAGCUUUUUCAUCGUUUGUUCCGCUUGUAUUUUUUCUUUUGCAAAUCAAAAACCCUGAGUGAGGAGGACUCGUACAAAGACAAAGUCCAUCCAAUUUCUCCAUCUUCUUGUGACUAAGACGAUUUCAGACCCAUUUCUCUCUCCUGGUCUUUUCCUCAUAUAUCCAAUCCCCUAUAUUACGGUGUGAGAUAGUGAAGAGCAGUUAAAAGGAUGGCGCAUAGGGUGGACCACGAGUACGACUAUCUAUUCAAGAUCGUGUUGAUCGGAGAUUCUGGUGUUGGUAAAUCCAAUAUUCUCUCCAGAUUUACCAGAAAUGAGUUCUGCUUGGAGUCCAAGUCGACGAUCGGCGUUGAGUUCGCUACCAGAACUCUUCAGGUAGAUGGGAAGACAGUUAAGGCGCAGAUAUGGGACACUGCGGGCCAGGAGAGGUACCGAGCCAUUACCAGUGCUUAUUACAGAGGAGCUGUUGGUGCACUCCUUGUCUAUGACAUAACCAAGAGACAAACUUUUGACAAUGUUCAGAGGUGGCUUCGUGAAUUGAGAGACCAUGCAGACUCUAACAUUGUCAUCAUGAUGGCUGGAAAUAAGUCGGACCUAAACCAUCUCCGAGCCAUCCAAGAGCAGGAUGGUCAGGCCUUGGCUGAGAAGGAAGGACUUUCCUUUCUGGAGACAUCAGCAUUGGAAGCAGUCAACAUUGAGAAGGCGUUCCAAACCAUUUUGACGGAAAUUUAUCACAUCAUAAGCAAGAAAGCAUUGGCAGCACAGGAAGCUGCUGACGCCACUGCACUUCCCGGUCAAGGGACGACAAUCAAUGUUGGUGAUGCCUCGGGGAAUGUGAACAAGAGAGGUUGUUGUUCUACUUGACAUUUAGGAAGGAAACAUGAUUUGAUAGCGAUCACAAUCUAUUAUUUUACCCCUCUUACUUUUUCCCCUCUUUUUUCUCGGCAAGAGAGAGACCUGUAGAUUACUUUCUUGUGAUGAGAAGCAAGCUUGUGAAAGUCAAAACAACAAUAUGGAUAUUGGCUUAGGGAGGUGCAAAUUACUGAUAUUGGGAACUGUUAGCUGAAUAUCUCAAUUGGGGGGAGAGAGUGGUUCAAAAGAAGCAGCAUAUGAGUUUAGUAUUUCUUUUUAGUUGUCGUCUGUUGGAGUACUUCCUAACUUGUAAUAAAAAGCCUGUUGUCUUUUUGACAUUAUUAGUCCUUAUUUUGUUUGUCUA